CGCCCCUUCGCCUGCGCUGGGCGCGGGCCCUGGGAGGUUCGCCGGGCGGGCAGAGCCUGGGGAAGGGCGUCCUGGGCAGAGGCGGCCGCGAGGUUCCGUGGCAGGGAACGUGAGGAGGUUUCCUCCGCCUCCAGCCGGGGACCAGGACACUGCGGCGCUCCCGCCCCACUGCCCGCGAUCGCCCAGCGGCCGAGAUGGCAGCCGCCGGCGCCCGUGGCCUGCGGGCCAGCUACCACCGGCUCCUGGAUAAGGUGGAGCUGAUGCUGCCGGAGAAGCUGCGGCCGCUGUACAACCACCCGGCAGGCCCUAGAACAGUUUUCUUCUGGGCUCCAAUUAUGAAAUGGGGGUUGGUGUGUGCUGGAUUGGCUGAUAUGGCUAGACCUGCAGAAAAACUCAGCACAGCUCAAUCUGCUGUUUUGAUGGCCACAGGGUUUAUUUGGUCAAGAUACUCACUUGUAAUUAUACCAAAAAAUUGGAGUCUGUUUGCCGUUAAUUUCUUCGUGGGGGCAGCAGGAGCCUCUCAGCUCUUUCGCAUUUGGAGAUAUAACCAAGAACUAAAAGCUAAAGCAAUCAAAUAAAAGAGUUCCUGAUCACCGACCCUAGAUGUGGACAUAACCACUGGGACCUAGCUUAUUAUUUGGUUAUUUUAAGGCAUUGCUGGCUGUGCUGACAUUUGAAAGGCACAACAAAAAUCUUGCUGAAACUGGUAGCUAGUGCUUGAUUCCAUAGAAAAUAAAGUAAAUUUUAAUAACAGUCUUCUCUUUACACAUGACUUAGGGAACUUAUCUGUGGAUACUAGGAAUACUUUUUCUACCAUCUGUCCAUAAUAAACCAUACUUGGUCAUACA